UGAGGAAUCCUAACCCAUCAGGAAAAGGAAACAAUGUUUUCCAUCCAUCUUGAAAGGUUAGCCAGGAAAACAAACCUGGCUAAUUUCCUAAUCACCUGUUAAUUAGGACAAACAGGACAAGGAAAGAGCACAGCUUCUGAUGACAGCAGCCCUUAGCAGGGUAUAAAAGGGGACCUGGGGCGAGCAGACUUCCAAACCUUCCAACCCACCUUCCUGAAAACUCACUCCGAACCUCCACCCUCUGACACCAUGGUCAACUCCUGCUGUGGAUCCGUGUGCUCUGACCAGGGCUGUGGCCAAGGCUGCUGCCAGACCACCUGCUGCCGCCCCAGCUGCUGCCAGACCACCUGCUGCCGCCCCUCCUGCUGUGGCUCCAGCUGUGGUUCCAGCUGCUGCAGGCCAACCUGCUGCAUCUCUAGCUGCUGCCGCCCCACUUGCUGCCAGACCCCCUGCUGCCGCCCCUCCUGCUGUGGCUCCAGCUGUGGCUCCAGCUGCUGCAGGCCUACAUGCUGCAUCUCUAGCUGCUGCCGCCCCACCUGCUGCCAGACCACCUGCUGCAGGACCACCUGCCGCCGCCCCUCUUGCUGUGGCUCCUGCUGUGGCUCCAGCUGCUGUGGCUCCAGCUGCUGUCGCCCCUCCUGCUGUGGCUCCAGCUGCUGCCGCCCCACCUGCUGCCAGACCACCUGCUGCCGCCCCACCUGCUGCCAGACCACCUGCUGCCGCCCCACCUGCUGCCAGACCACCUGCUGCCGCCCCACCUGCUGCCAGACCACCUGCUGCCGCCCAACCACCUGCUGCCGCCCCAGCUGCUGUGUGUCCAGCUGCUGCCGCCCCAGCUGCUGUGGCUCUUGCAGCUGCCGCCCCUCUUGCUGCGGCUCCAGCUGCUGUGGCUCUAGCUGCUGUCGUCCUUCCUGUUGCAUCUCCAGCUGUUGCCGCCCCUCUUGCUGCGGCUCCAGCUGCUGUGGCUCCAGCUGUUGUCGUCCCUCCUGUUGCAUCUCCAGCUGCUGCCGCCCCUCUUGCUGCGGCUCCAGCUGCUGUGGCUCCAGCUGCUGCCGCCCCUCUUGCUGCGGCUCCAGCUGCUGUGGCUCCAGCUGCUGCCGGCCCUGCUGCUGCCCCUGCUGCUGCCUCCGCCCAGUCUGUGGCCAGGUCUCCUGCCCCACCAAUUGCUAUCGCCCCACCUGUGUCAUCUCCACCUGCCCCCGCCCUAUGUGCUGUGCCAUCCCUGAUUGCUGA